UAUUUUAAAUCAUUAAGAAAGACAUUGUAGUGUGGUCUAUUGAUCCUAAGAGCCAGUGGAAAAAAACUUCGAUAGAAAAGAACUUAAACUCUUACGUUCCCACCCCUGAAGAUGCUAAGGGUAUGUUUAGUUGUGUACGUUUCCUCCCCUUAAAUGUCAAGGGCAUGUUUAGCUGAGUGAGUGAGUGAGUGAGUUGUAUUAACUUCACUCAUUGUUUAGUCAAAGGAAUUCUUAAAUUUAUUGUUAGUUCUACAAUGCUCAAUUACUAAAUAACCCAUUCCUUAGAUAAAUCUUAGACAGGCUAACCAUGGACCACAAAUAAGUUCCAAUUAAGUCUAGAUAUAAGUCUUUAUCACUCACUCGCACACUUGUAGACAUCUAAAAGAGAAAUUAAUUUUUAGGAAUUAAAUAAGAAAAAGAAUUAAUUGUAGAUUUUUGUCCAUUCUUUCCUUUUAAUAAUAAGAUCCAUUAGUAAGAUAAUAUUAUUAAUAUUUCAGCCUAAUAUGCCUUUGGGCCUUUGGGGGGGUAAAUUGGGAUCCACAUAAAAAGCUUCAAUUCUCUCCCUCUAAAGUGAAUGAGCAAUACGUUCACGAGAUCCCAUAAUGGAAGAAUUAGAGCCUCCGUCAGUAAUUACGGCCGCCCUUGCUACCCUCUCUCCGCCGCGUCUCGCCGAUCUCUCCCACUCAAUUUUCUCCGAGAUUCACCAACACCGCCGCCGUCUCACCUUCAUUCUCUCUUCCCCUACCCUCUUCUCCCUCACUCUCCGUCACCUCAAUUCCCUCUCCCUCUCCCACAAAUCUCUCCUCCUCGCCCGUUUCCUCCUCUCCGCCCUCCGCCGCCUCUCCCGCCCCUUCCAGUCACCGUCCAAGCUACUCCCUUACCACCCUUCCACCGCUGCCAUCUCCCCUCAAGACCUCGACGCUGCCGUCCUCCUCCUCCUCCUCUGCGAGGUCCGGCAACACAAUCCAGCCGCCCUCCGAACUCCGAUCACCAAAUGGCGUGCGACCCUUUGUAAAAUCUACUCCGAUUCCCUCUUGACGGUCUCCGGACUCGCCACCGGCGGAGGCGGGGCUUUGAUUCCGUACAUUGACACGGUGGUGAGGUGUUGGAAAUUCGUGGGGUUUGUUGGUAGUUGCGGAGGGAAGGUUCGGAGAGAGGUGGCGGCGUCACCUAUGGCGGUGGUGGAGCUACCGUCAGUGGCGGUGGGUGGUGGCGGUGCGGCGGUGGAAUGUGUGAUAUGUAAAGAGGAGAUGGGAGAAGGAAGAGACGCGUGUAAAUUGCCUUGUGACCACUUAUUCCAUUGGCUAUGUAUUUUGCCAUGGCUUAGGAAGAGAAACACCUGUCCUUGUUGUAGGUUUCAGCUUCCUACUGAUGAUGUUUUGGGAGAGAUCCAACGUCUAUGGGAGAUCCUCUUCAAGGUGGGAUCCACCAUGUGUACAUCUGAUGGAGAUUAACGACCAAAAUUGAGUGAUAUCAUGGAAUUAUCAUAGAACCGGAUGGAGAGGAUAUAGGAUUAACACGUGAGAUGAACUUACACGUGGGGAGGAAACUUUGGGGUAUGACCUAACGAUGGGUCGUUAUAGGAAGAGGGGGGGGAGAAGAUAGGCUUUGAUAAAGACACGUGUGGUUCACCUUAUGAAGAUUCAAAUGAAUCUUUGUAUUUUUAUGAUUUUUUUUAGGAAUUGAGGGAUGGGUUCUUUUUUACUUUUUUGUGAGUAAAGUAUAUUCAUGUUAUGUGUAAAAUAUAAACUCACUUAAUCGUUUUUUUUUUUUUUUUUUUUAGCAGAACAUUAGAAUGGUGUAAUUGGCUUCUAUAGAUGAAUAGUUUUAUUUUAUCUUGCACCUCAA